AUGUCCUUCACCACCAACGCGACCAUCGCCUCCUUCGGCGGGAAGCUCCUGAAGCUGUCCCACGAAGCCAAAUCAACGAACUGCACCAUGGGGUUGAACCUGUACCUCCCGCCGCAAGCGGAGAAGGGCAAGGUGCCUGUGCUGUUCUACCUGUCGGGCCUUACCUGUACGGGCGACAAUUGCGCCGAGAAGGGCUUCUUCCAGCACAAGGCGAGCGAGAAGGGUAUCGCGGUCGUGUACCCCGACACAAGUCCGCGCGGCCUCAACGUCGAAGGCGAAGACGAAUCCUACGACUUCGGCACCGGCGCCGGCUUCUACGUCGACGCAACCCGCGAGCCCUGGAACAAGGGCUACAACAUGUACAGCUAUAUAACCUCCGAGCUCCCCUCCGCCCUCUUCGACGCCUUCUCCGACAAGCUCGACGCGGACCGUGUCAGCUUGACCGGCCACUCCAUGGGCGGCCAUGGCGCGCUCACCAUCUUCCUCCGAAACCCAGGGAAGUACAAGUCCUGCUCCGCCUUCGCGCCGAUUGCCAACCCCAUCAAUGCGCCGUGGGGCCAGAAAGCGUUCAAGGGCUAUUUCGGCGAGGAGGAUAAAGGGAAGUGGAAGGAGCACGACGCGACUGAGCUCGUGAAGAAGUGGCCGAAGGAGCAGACGCUAGAUUUGCUGAUUGAUGUUGGCACGGGCGACAACUUUUAUAAGCAGGGCCAGCUGCUGCCGGAGAAUUUUGUAGACGCGGCGAAAGAGGCGGGUGUCGCGGAUAAGGUUAAGCUGAGGUUCCAGCCGGAUUACGACCAUAGUUAUUACUUCAUGGCGAGUUUUGCGGACGAGCAUGUCGAGUACGCGGCCAAGUUUUUGGAGGCGUAG